CCCAACCCACCUUUCCCGCCACAGCCAUUCCCUCUCGCCUCUUCCCCCUCUCUCCCAUGGCGGCGCCGUCGGCAGCCAUGCGCAAGAAGCUGCAGCGCAAAUUCCGGCUGCGUGGCUUCACCCUCAAAGUUGAUGCCCUCGAGGAGGCCGCCGCCUUCCUCGCCCGCUUCCCCGACGCCGAGGACGAGGCCCUCGACCUCCUCCUCGACGAGCUCGACAAAGAGCCGCUGAAAUCGUCGAUACUGGACCGGGACGCGGUCCGUCGCGUGGUGUCCCUACUGGUCGAGGCGGAGGAGGCGGUCGACGCGGCAUCGCCUUCCGCCACCAGCGUCCAGUCGGCGCUGCGGGUGGUAGACUCGUUCGUCGUGCCGCGGUUCCAGUACGACCCAAUCAAGAAAGUGUUCUACGAGCAUACUGGAAGAUUAGCCCUCCAUGGAGAAGCUGGAGAUAAAGCCGCCCUUUACAGGGAUAGGUAUCAAGUGCUGCUUCAGAGGCUCGCUCGUGAUAAAUAUUUCUCCAAGCCAGCUUUUGAGUCUGUUAUGACUGAAAAUGAUAGUUGUGAGAUUACUUCCAUACAGUCCUUAGUUGGGUGCACUGGGCGGAGAUGGAUCAUGGGGGUCAUAUCACAGUUGGAGGAACGCCAGUUCUACUUGGAGGAUCUUACUGGAGCAGUGCCAAUUGACUUGGCGAAUGCAAAGAUUACUUCAGGUUUCUUUGUUGAAAACACAGUGAUUGUAGCAGAAGGGGAAUUACUUUCAAAUGGCAUUUUCCAGGUCAAUACCUGUGGGUUUCCUCCCUUAGAGGACCGGGCAACAUCACUUUCACUGCUCAUGGGGCUUGAUUUCUUUGGUGGAGGUGUCAUACCAACUGAAGAAGCACUAAGAUUGUCAUCACUAGAAAAUAAGUCUGUGAAUGACAUGUUUGUCAUUCUUUCAGAUGUUUGGCUCGACAGUUAUGAGACUAUGGAGAAGUUGGGUGUUGUUCUUGAUGGCUAUGAAAGCGUGGAAGUAGUUCCUUCUCUCUUUGUUCUAAUGGGAAAUUUCUGCUCUCGGCCCUGCAAUCUGGCAUUCAAUUCGUUUGAAGAACUCAGAUUGCAGUUUGGAAAGCUUGGUGAGAUGAUCGCAUCUCGAACUAGGUUAAAGGAACACAGUCGUUUUUUAUUCAUUCCUGGUCCUGAUGAUGCAGGACCUUCUAAAGCUCUCCCAAGGUGUGCGCUCCCGAAGUAUCUAAUUGAGGAACUUCAGAAGCACAUCCCAAAUGCUAUAUUUGUAAGCAACCCCUGCAGGGUUAAGUUUUAUACACAAGAAAUCGUGUUUUUCCGGCAAGAUCUCCUUUACAGGAUGCGCCGGUCAUGCUUGAUUCCACCAACAACGGAAGAAACAAGUGACCCAUUUGAACAUCUAGUAGCAACUAUUACCCAUCAGAGCCAUCUGUGUCCAUUGCCUCUUACAGUGCAACCUAUCAUAUGGAACUACGAUCAUUGCCUACGGCUGUAUCCAACUCCUGACAUGAUAGUAUUGGCUGACAAGAGUGAGCAGAAGGCCUUCAAAUAUACAGGAAUCACUUGCUUCAAUCCUGGUUCUUUUGCGAACGACAGCACCUUUGCAGCAUACCGUCCUUGCACUAAGGAGGUUGAGCUUUCUGCAUUAGAAAGCUAAUACUGAAGGUGGGACAAACUGAAGCUGUAAUCGGUAACAAACCAAACCUUCGAUGAGCUGCCUAUCACUCCUGUACAUCAGCCAUCAGGACUGGUGUUUAUAACUUUGGCCAUACAAACUAGUGAGUCUGUUUCAUGGAAGUGAAUUCGCAAGCAUGACAAAGCAACGACAUCCAUCAAAUUGGUGCUGUUUCUCUCAAGCGACUCUGAUGCUGACAUCCCAACUUUGGUAUCACACAUUUAUAGCUUCAGAUAGUCUGGAGUGUGUAUUACGUCCUCUGUCCUAGAUACAUCUGUUUGGGCGACAGUUAGGUUGUUUUCCCCACCUGGUCAUAUGUCCUUUGUGUAGUGUUUGUGUAACAUUGAUCUCAGGAUGCUUUCCCUAAAGUCACAGAAUGACGCUCAGUCCUGUAAUCUGUACUGUUUAUGUUUGACAUUGUUGUAAGCAUGCUAGCAAAGCAGUGGUUUUUAGUCCA